UGCACGGUCCUAGCAAUGAUUUCAUCGCCGAUAUUCACAUGUUAAGUCGUGUCCAAUGGCGUAUUCGAUACUCAAAAGUGAUCGGCGCCAAGGCCGUCAAACUACGAUAAGAUGCCAUGUAACUAUCAUAGGACCAAAGCCCCUUAUCCACCCAAGGUCGGAAAUCGGGCUACAUGCAUUUGUACGACCGUGAUGCUUCUAAUAGAUGUAUGUGGUAUAAAAAGCGGGCCUGGGACAUUUCUAUGGCAGCGGAAUGGUAAUUCUCUCGCGUCACAAGGGGACACGUAGUUCGCGACGAAAUAUUUCACGGUCCAGAUUUUAUCCUCCCGAUGUCUGAUGGAUAUUUUUUUUGGAGCUUACUCCUUAAAAGAGCAAUUUAUGUGCAAGAGGCCAGAAGGUAUUAGCGGGACUUGGCAGCCGAGUUGGUAGAGGGAUUCGGCCGGUGGUUAAGCCUAAUCCUAGGCAGUCGCGAAUGGAGAACCGAUCGGCGGCCCGUCUCCGUGACGCUAUCUGGACCUGUUCGUGGCUGAUCCUGUUGGCUAGCCCAUUAGCGGCGGCCGCGGUCGGUCCCGGUCGGGAGGGAGGCAAGGUGGAGCUGGCGCUCUACUACGAGACCCUCUGUCCCUACUGCUCCAAUUUCGUCGUCAACCAUCUUUUCAAGGUCUUCGACAGCGGCCUCAUCUCCAUCCUCGAUCUCAAGCUCGUCCCUUACGGGAACGCCCGCAUCGGUGCCAACGACACCGUCACUUGCCAGCAUGGACCGUGGGAAUGCCUGCUCAACACCGUGGAAGCAUGCGCAAUCGACGUCUGGCCCGACUUGAGCGAGCAUUUUCCUCUUAUCUAUUGCAUUGAGAAGUUGGUGUAUUCGCAUGACUACGCCCAGUGGGAAUCCUGCUUUGAGCCUUUAGGAUUGGAUUCAAAACUUGUCUCAGACUGUUAUGCUGGUGGGCGAGGGAAAGAGCUGGAGCUGGAAUAUGCAGCUGAAACAAAUGCACUUCAGCCCCCUCAUCAGUAUGUUCCUUGGGUCGUGGUGGAUGGGAAACCGCUUUAUGAUGAUUAUGUAAACUUUAUGAGCUACAUCUGUGAGGCUUACAGUGGUACUGCCAAGCCCGAGGCAUGCAGUAAACUCUCUUUGAAUCGGGUCCAACUAAGGGAAGCACGUAAAAGUCUCCCAGUCUGUUACCUGAAGGAGAAAAUGUCAUCACCGGCAUUUAAAGUAGUGAGAUCAGCUGUGGAGUCAAUGAUGGGUUGGACAAAGAUGCUGCUUGAUGCGUAAGAGGUUUGCGGCCCUCUAUGUUUUCAAUUAAUCUCCGUGCUUGAACUUGUUCGGAAGCAAGUCCCAUGAGAAGGGUUAAAGUUCUUGAGUUGUGUCCUAGUACUUUCUGGAUCAUAGUUGUUGUCUUGAGCUGUAAAUGUUUGUGCUGUUUUGCUGAUCUUGACUUUGUUUAUAUCUUUAUAUGGUCCACAUAUUUUAGAAUUGGCAUGGUGUUCAGCUGCCUCCAUAUCCUUCUACCCUUGCCUGGUUGCAAGUGAAGGCUAAGGUUUUAGGAAAUUGGACGCUUUUGAAUUUGAAUAUGUAGCUUUGAUUAGUGCAGAUUACAGAAUCACUAAAAGCUUUUCAGAGCUCCAAUGACCUCGGCGCAUGUGCCUAUUAUGCAUGUGUACCCCUACCGAGGAAGAAGUUUGAAUAUGACGAACCCAGGUUACUGAA